GAGGGGGAAAGAUGGCGGCCCUGGCGGUAGCGAGAGUUGGGCUGCGGAGGGCACGGGUGCUGGACGUACGAAUGCAACGGCUGCUGUCUUUAGGAGCGGCCUAUCUGAGCCAGGAGUCAGCUGAACCCAACCCUACAGGCCUAAAAUAUCCAGGGAUUGUUGAAUCUAUUGAAGAAUAUAGAUUUGUGGAGAGGCUUAUACCUCCCUCCAGAGUACCUGAACCGCCCAAACAUGACACAUACCCCACCCCAUCUGGGUGGAGGCCUCCACAAGAUCCCCCUCCUGCCCUUCCUUAUUUUGUACGGCGGUCCCGCAUGCACAACAUUCCUGUUUACAGAGAAACCACCCACGGCUGCAGAAAGAUGACACUUAUCAGGAAGGUUGAAGGUGAUAUUUGGGCCCUUGAGAAGGAAGUGAAGGAAUUCCUCACAGAGCUUUCUGGAAGGACACCAGCCACCCAAGUCAAUGAAGUUGCCUGUUUCAUUCGCAUCAAGGGUUAUUUUGACGAGGAACUGAAGGAGUGGCUGAUGGACAAAGGUUUUUAAAUAAAACAGACUUGGCAAA